AGCUUCAGAACAAUUUAUAAAGUGUUAUUUAUGCCUCUAGGAGCAAAACAUUUGAAAUGAAGAUUGACUUUAGACAUAUUAUAACUGGAGUAUAUGAUAAAGAUUUCAAAUUCACAACUGAUGUUGUGAUUGGAAGUGAAGCUCAGAAUAUAACAAGGGGUUUUGUUGGUUGUAUGAGAGAUAUUUACAUAAAUAAAGAAUGGCUCGAUCCAAGAGGUGUUGUAGGAACAGAAAAUGCCAAAGGAAAAGUUUCGCUUGAUAAUUGUCAACUGGUUAAUCCCUGUAAUAAUCCUCAAGCUUGUGAACAUGGUGGAAAAUGCAUAGUAGAAAAUGGAGAUACGAAGUGUAAUUGUACGGGAACAGGAUAUACUGGAAAGACUUGUCAUUUCUCAAUUUACAAGCGCACUUGUGAGGAACUUUAUCUUGUUGGAUACAGACAAACAGGAUCGUACAAAAUUGACAUAGAUAGAAAUGGACCUUUACCACCAGGACAUGUUACUUGUAUGAUGAAUGAAAGGAAUGAUUACAUUGUGACAAGAGUUCUAACCAAUAUGCAACCAGAAAUGGUAAGGUUAUUUUAUGAAAAGUUAAAUUAUAUCCAGUGUUACUGAAACUCUAAAUAUUACGUAAAGUAAUCCUAUAUUUCAUCAUUUGUAUCACAGUUGAAUUAAGAAAAAUUUGGACCCCAGGCAACAGUUGCAAUUUGGCCACUCGAAACAAGUGAAUAAUUUUAUUAUAUUUAUCACUGGAUCUUCUCAGCAAAGCUGCAAACAUUAUUGCAUUCACAACAUUCACUAUAUUCUUCAAAUUUUAUUUUUUUAUAAUUGAAAAAUAGAUUUGUGUGUCCCAUCGGAUCCAAGCCCUAGGCAAUUACCUAAU